AUGACGGAGGAGGAAAAUCCUAGAGCUAAAAGAAAAUCCAAAACUGAUCGGCGGGGUAAAUUCGAGUGCUCUAAGUGCAAGAGCACUUUCAGCACCAAGAACAGCUGGAUAUAUCACGGGAAAUACCACUGUGGAGUACCACCGAGGUACCAGUGCUCUUACUGCCCCUACAAGUCCCGCAAGUCUGCCAACGUGAAGAAACACUCGAUUAGAAUGCACAAAGGAAGUGACCCGGUGAUUGUGCAACUCUGGAAGCCUGUCGUCAAAUCUGGAGAGUUUCCUUGUCCUAAUAAAAAUUGCUGGCGGGUUUAUAAGUUGACCGAUAGCUUGAAGUAUCAUUUGAACUACGAGUGCGGGAAAAAAUUACCUACUAAAUUCAGGCGGUGCGAAUGUAAAUUUUGGAUCAUUAUCCUGCCGGGAGGAUUAAGACUGAUAAAACAGAUAACAGAGCCGCUGAAAAGGGCCGGAUUGUUCUAUUGUCCGAACGCGAACUGCCAAAAAGUGUUCCAGCACGCGGACUCACGGAACAAGCACGUUAAAUAUUACUGCGGGAAACCGCCGAGGUACAUGUGUCCUCAUUGCCAGUACAAGUCGCUGACCAAGUACAACAUUCAAUUGCACGCCAAGAGAAUUCAUCCUAAUCUCAAGACGGAUGUAAUUGAACUCUACGACAACAAACCCUCGAACAAGAGCAGUUUCUUCCAAUGCCCGAACAAAUCUUGCAAUAAAAGAUACACGCGCAAAGAUAAUUUUUAUUAUCACAUGAAAUAUGAGUGCAAGAUAAAUAAUUAA